CUGUGACUAACACCAUGAACACCAUGAACAACGUCCACCACCACCUCCUGUAUGUCUUCUACAUCAAGCCAUCGACAGUCGACAAUGCCUCAGUCGAGUUAAUUCCGUUGACCGACUGUGCUGUUAAAGCAUCCCUUGACCAAAUGGUACAAGAAUUGGUGGACCUCGCCGAGGAGAGGGCACGGGAGCGGGGUUAUGAUACUCUCGAAGGUCGCAGAAUUAUCGGAGGAUCUGUAUAUUGUCCUCGCGGACCCGGCGUGCCUUUCUUGGAAAAAGUUUACGCGGACCUUAAGCAACAGCCUUUGGAAGAUUACGCCGAGCAAUUUCAUCUAAAUUUCACUAUUCAGGAAUCUCUUUGUCCGGACGAACAAGAUAAGCCUCCCCGAAAACCCCUGCUUAUUGUUUUUCGUUUGUCUCCUAUACCUCAAGGCCUCAAGCGUCAACGCGCUCCCAGCCUGGAUGACGACGUUGUUAUGCCGUUAACAAAAAACUUUAGGGGUCACAAAACGAAAGGGAAGAUGCCAUCAAGCGACUAUGCUGAGAAUCAGUCUUCCCCUGAUGUUGCCCUUCUAGACGGACGUUUCGUUUCCCGAUCUCCAGUCGAGACGACCGCCCCUCCCAUCGAGCUCUAUCAUCGCGCGUUUGCCCAGUUCACUGCUCUUGCUCGGGACCCAGCCUUCCAGUUGCCUGACGACGACGACAUCCUCAGUAACACGGCCGCAUUAAUACGAAGUUGUUCUGAAAUCGAGACGUACAAAGGACUGAGGAACUCGAACAUCCGCGAGAUCCUUGGACGAAUCCUUGGGCUCUCAUUCGACGUCCUAAACGAUGACGUAUCCGCCGCUGGCUACAUAGCCCCAUGCAAAACAUCGUCGGAAUUUGUCACGGCUGCGCUUGUCAUUGCAGAAAUAGAAGGAGAAUUGGGAUCAACGGAUACGGACCCCUCCGUCCAGGCAUCGUUCUCUUUCACCAGGUUCUACUGCCAGCCGCAGCGAGAUCCCAUCACUGAUCAGUGCAACUGUCCGACGUUUAUCGUCGGGAUUGCAGGUCCGUGGUUGGUCAUUAUGGGGGCUGUUCUGACAAUUCGACCCGUCAUCCAACGGUUAUCUGACUACAUGUGGCUGGGGAACAGUCGCGUGCUGGAUGAGAACCAGGUGAAAAGGGUUGCUCGCAACCUUUACGCUCUUCGAAUGGCCACAAAAACCCUUGCGAAGUACUGGGAGUCUUUUGUACGGCCGCGCCGUGUUAAAGGAUGUGAACACCCUCGUUUCUCCCCCUCCUUUGACAGCUUCAUUGAUGUCCAUACCCUCGAGAACGUCAAGUUUGCCUAUGUGAAGCCAUUGGAGGAGGCGCCCUCUUGCGUCACGUUCCUCGCCAAGAAGCUUCCUGCUGAGGGCUCAGCCCCCGACAAAGACAAUGGUAACGGUCCCAUCGUUAUCAAGUUUGUCCGCCGCUACAACCAGGACGCACAUCUCAUGAUGGGCGAGCGAGGAUUUGCACCCAAGUUACUCGGGUAUCGCCCAUUGAGAGAAGAAGAUCCCGGAUACGACGAUUUGGCGCUAUUAGCUACGGAGUAUGUUGAGGGCGAGACACUCUUUGAUCUGUACAGGGGUGGUGUGCUUCCUAAGCGAGUCAAACAAGGUGUUGAAGAGGCCCUUCAAGUCCUUAAUGGUGCUGGUUAUAUUUUCGCGGACCUUCGAAGGCCGAACCUGAUUGUCCGAGAACGUGAUGGGAAGGUUCAGUUGAUUGAUUUUGAUUGGGUCUGUCGGGCGGGUGAGGGGAUGAGGUAUCCGUUUCAUUUGUCUCGAGAUGUUAGGACAAGGUCGGGGGCAAAGGAUAACGAUGUUAUUACUUUGGAACAUCAGGAGAGAAUGUUCGAGAAGCUGUGAACGUUUGAACGCUUGUGCUGCGUCCCUUCCCGGAAUCUGUAUAGCGACAACAUGCUUCUCGCACGGGGCUGUCGGGACUGCAGCUGUAGGAUCAUCGCAGUCUCGUCUCGCCUCUGUGGAGAUUGAUAGAGGGAUUGCAAAAGACAAGGAUCGAUCUGUUAUAUUUGGAGGCUUCUCUUGGCUGUUUCGACUGAAUAUAGUAACUCCCUCAGUUGUGUCUAACAUCGACGCGAUGGAGCGUAUAUUCUUCUAUUCUUAUCCUUAUCUUAUAAUAAUUUAUUACACCCUUUUCUACGAACUGUAUGGUAUACACGCUUAUUCUCAGAAAUGCUCGCUAAUCCCAUCAUACG